AUGGAUGGCAGAGCUGCCGUUUCCAUCACUCCUACCCCCCGCCUGGCGUCAGAAGCGCCAUGUCUCAAGCAGCCGUCAACCGCUAUCCCCACUUCCUACGAAACCGUCCCAACGACACACAUCAAACUUUCCCAGCACCCUAAAGGCUCUCUAACCGUAACACCAAUAAUAAUUCUAACUCUCAAUCGACCGCAAAAUCAGAAUGCUUUUACUCUCGAUAUGAUGUCUGAUUUCGAGAAAGUGUACCCGAUGUUCGAUGUCGAUGAGCGGGUGAAAGUUGUUGUUUCGACGGGAGCGGGGAAGACAUUUUGUGCAGGAGAGAGAAUCAUGGACCAUAGGGAUAGUGGUGGAAGGCUUGUCUUGGCGAUUUACCGUUGUCAAAAGCCAACGAUUGUUGCGCUGCAAGGCUCUGUGGUGGGGCUUGGGAUGACGAUGGCUUUGCCAGCUGCAAUCAGAAUCGCCCAUGAGGGCGGGAACUACGGCUUCGUCUUCGCCCGCCGAGGAAUCACCAUGGAAUCCAGCUCCUCUUUCUUCCUCCCCCGCCUUAUCGGCUUCUUUCGCGCAAUGUACCUCGUCACAACAGGCGGUGUCUAUCCGCCCAACUCCCCGCACUUCGGCCACCUCUUCGCCGAAACACUGCCGGAAGCAUCGCAAGUUCUUCCCCGCGCGUUAGAGCUGGCGAAGGAGGUGGCAGAGAACGUGAGUCCGUUGGUUUUGUACCUGAAUCAUUCUUUGAUGUGGAGAAACCCGGGGCCGGCUGAGGAGACGCACUUGCUUGACUCGAGUGUGCUUUAUCAUAUGGACCAGAAGGAAGGCGUGGGCGCAUUCUUUGAAAAGAGGAAACCGGAUUUCAGAGGAAUGGUUGAGGAGGAUACCCCGCCUAAUUUUCCAUGGUGGAGUGAAAUUGACACGGGUCGGCGAGCAAAAGCUGCUAAAAUGCCGUCGAAGCUUUAA